CCCGGCAUGCAGCGCAGCGAGCCGCUUUCGACCUUAUCGGAUACUACAAUUACCGACAUGCGAAGGAGGGUGGGGGAAAGGAAGGGACGCUCAAGCGGAUAUCCGGCGGGAAGUGUCAGUAAAGUAGUGGGGGGGCGGAAAGGAGAGGCCCCUGAUUUCCAGCCUGGACCAAAAGAGAGUGUUGCCAUGAUUCGCUUUAUUCUGAUCCAGAACCGGGCUGGCAAAACACGCCUGGCCAAGUGGUACAUGCAGUUUGACGAUGACGAGAAGCAGAAGCUGAUCGAGGAGGUCCAUGCGGUUGUUACUGUGCGAGACGCAAAGCACACCAACUUUGUUGAGUUCCGCAACUUCAAAAUAAUCUACAGACGCUACGCCGGCCUCUACUUCUGCAUUUGUGUGGAUGUGAAUGACAAUAAUCUGGCCUACCUGGAAGCCAUUCACAAUUUUGUGGAGGUAUUGAAUGAAUAUUUCCACAACGUCUGUGAACUCGACCUGGUCUUCAACUUCUACAAGGUUUACACAGUGGUAGAUGAGAUGUUCUUAGCGGGCGAGAUCCGGGAGACCAGCCAAACGAAGGUCUUGAAGCAGCUUCUCAUGUUGCAGUCCCUAGAAUGAGAGACGGAGAAAGAAACCCACCGAGUCCCGACCUCUCCUUGGCGAGAUCCGGCCACUGCCCCUCCGAGCUCACCUCUCUUCACCCAGUUCCUUGAAUCAGUGACUUGCAGAAAGCAAAAUUUGUCCCCUUCCUUUGUAGUUGGAGGCAGGGGGCGGAGUCUAAAAUUGGACCCCAGUUCACGUUUUCUAGGCUUGCUUUGACUCUCUCCUCAUGAGAAGGCCGGAGCAUGGGAAGUAGCCAAGGUGGGGCUGGCCUCUUUUUCUUACCGGGGGUGGGGAGAGGGGAGAUCAAAAGGGGGGGGAAGGAAGGCGCUCCCACUAUCUCACUGCUGACGCCGUCCCAGCAAAACCCCCUUUCUGUACAACCAGUUCCCUGCCCCGUCCCCUAUCCAUUCCCGUUAACGUGUUGCGCCGCAUCCGUUGUGGAAGAGGGACCAUAACUGUGUGUGUGUGUUGUGAGCGGUGGCAAAUGCUCGUGCUGCCGGUGAAGUGUUGUGCUCAAAUAAAGCGUCUGUUAAUACUUUAAAAAGAAAA